AUGCAAACAACGCGUAGCGAGCCACGAUCUCCCUCCCUCUUUCACCCUGGGAUGCCGCCUCGUUCGCUGUCCAGUAGCAGUGCGGAUCUACUUCAGCAGGCUCCAGAUCUGGACCUGUUUCUUCCUAUUUCUGUUGAAGAUCUACGACCCAAGUCUCCCGCGCUUACCGUCUCCCCAGUGAGUUCGUGCCUAACGUCCCAGGGUCCAUUAGUGACGCCAGAUGCAUGCCCCCUCCUCACACUGGAAGCUGACCGCCGCGUGCGCUUUCGAGACUCCGAUGAGGAGUGGCUUCUUACCGAGGAAGUGUCAGUGGCCAGCGCCUCAGUCCGCUGUUCAGAGGAGAACACCGCAGCCGAUACUUCAGCGGCAAAUGCCCACAACGCUUUGCCCGAUGAAGGCGUGGCGAGAGAAACAGGGGCACCAAGCCUGGAAGCAACCGGCACAACGCUGCCUUGCAUGAUCUUGGAGGAGGAGCUCCAGGAGAAAACAAACGACAUUGUCACCUCUCAUGCGCGGUCAGACACAGAGUUACAGAAUGGAUCGUCAUCCGUUUCUGCAGCUGAGUGUGCAGGGACCCCCCAGUGCAGCCAACAAGUAACGGCUGACGCUGUGACUCCGCGUCAGUUCUGGCUUCUCUCUCAAGGAAGCGGCAAUGCGGCGGCCCAUCAACAGAUUUUAUCCUCUUCGUCUUCCUUUUCUUCAUCGUACUUCUCGUCCUCGUCGUCUUGUAAUGCGUCUGGGGCAUUGGAGCUCGGCGAACAGAGAGCUAGGAGGCACACAGCUCCUGGUGCGCUUCGAACUGCGCUGAUUCGGUCUGCAGACGGUAGUCUGCAGCGUCGACGUCUGCAUUCCCCACCCUGUCUGAUGACGAGUCACCCGCCCAAAUCCUGUGUCCGCAUGCAGUCAGAUGGAGGCAGUUUUCCAGGCUUGCAAGUGCUGAAUAGUUUCAUAAGCCUAGAGUCCAUGCGUUCCUCCACACAAAGUGCAGACUCUCAGGAAGCAUUGCCCUUUGGCACGCCGUUCGCAGCAGAAAAGCACUACGGGGUCCAUGACCACCGUCUCAGGACGUAUGCAGGCUAUCGCGUUUCCAGCCUAGUUGACGCAGUCUCCUUUGGACGCAGACAGGGGGCCUACCAGCCUCAAGUAUCGCAGCCAGCAGCGCUGGUUGAUAUCGCUGCGUUAGACAUUGACUAA